UCUUUUUUUCUUUAUAUAUUUGAAGAAUUAUUGCUCGCACUUUCUGUUUGUUUCUCUAGAAAAUACAGUACAGGGGUUGACAAAACCUUUAUUGAUAAAAUGCCACAGUUUGUUUCAGUUCUGAGAUCAUAAAAAGAAUUUUGUCUUGAGUAAGGGCUUUGAAUGUGGGUUUUGAUUAGGGUUUUUGGUGGGAACACGUAAAAAUGUGCACGUUUUGUAUAUACAUCACCAUUUUUUAUGAAAAUGCAUUAAAAAAAUUAUGUUAUGAGAGAGAGAGAAUCCAUGUCUGUUUGUGGGUUGCCUAGAAUAUUGGGGACAGGCUUGACCCACUUGUUUAUUUGUGCUUUCAAUGGUUGAAAACAAUAUAAUAUUAGCAUAGUAGAGUUUGCAUAUAUGAUUGCCUUGUUAAUAAAUUUGAUAGCAGUCGUUAAUUUUUAUUGCGUUGAGGUGUUGAACUUUAUGGAAAACCAUUGGGUUAUGUGGUUUUAUUGAGCUCGUGAAUGAAUUUUUCGAUUUCGAUGACAAUUUUACGGUUUCUACAUUUUAUCUACCUUAUGUUUGCUAAUAUCAUUGAUACAAAUUUUAUGUUUUUAUGUUCCUUUCCUGGAUUUGUCACUGCAUAAUUUUCACAUUCCAAAUAAAGACUUUUGACAAUUUUUUUGUUUCUUUUGUGGUCCCCUAGUUGUGGAAAUUCAAGGUUAUUGAUUUUUGAUAAGAUUAUUGUUAUUCCUAUAUUCUACAUGAUAUACCCUUGUGUUUGGAAUUUGGAAAUCUACAAGAAAUUCAGUUUGAUGGAUAAUUGUAAUUUGGUUCAUUUUAGUUCAAAAACCUUUACUACUGGCAAGGAGUUAUUAAAAUGAGUGAUGCAAGCAUGAAUAUAAUUUCAGCUCAUUACAUGAUUAUGUAUUGAGUUAAACUAUGGCUGGUUGAGUAGCAUGUGUCCUUGCCUUUGGAGUGAGACAUUGUUCAUACUUUGUAAGUGCAUAUUUACCUUUCUGCAUUGAAUGCUAAUCAACUUCCAGUCUGAUUAGAUAAAUAUCCACUGGUCUCAUUUUAUUGGAAAGUCCAAUUAGUAUUGGCAGGGAUGUCUCAUAUUGAACAUAAUAAGCAUUAGUUUCAAAUGUUGAUGUUAGGAAGUUGUGGGAAAAUUAUAACAAUGCAAGACUUAAAGAGUCCUCCAUAUGGCCACAGUUCUGCGACUCCAAGAAUGGUUGUGGUGAAAGAACCUUUUAAAAGAGUUGAAAUGGAUUUUAAGUUUCAAAUCCACAGUCUGGAAACAGAGGCAUACUCUUCUCUUUUGAGGGCUUUCAUUGCUCAAUCUGAUCUGCUUUCCUGGGCCAAGGAGGAGCUUAUAACUGAGCUGAGAAAGGAACUCAAUGUCACAGAUACUGAACACAGUCAGCUGCUUACGAGAAUCAAUUCAGACAAGUCGAUAAAAAGGAUAAGGAAAUGGCGAAAUAGUGCUCACGAGUCUGUCUCUACUAAAGUGAAUGCUCCUGAUCUUGCUACUAAUUUAGUGGGCAAUGCUCCCCCCAAAAAAAUGAAGGCUCCUUGUCCUUCUCUUUCGAGAUCUCUAAAAUAUAUUCCUCAGCAUCAACCUUGUGCAGCAACAAUGCGUUCUGCGGCACAAGAUCACUUCAGGGAUAAUAAACAACAUGGUGAAACAGCAACACUCCCUCCAGUGACUUUGAAGAUAGUUUCUCAUAAUUUUGAAGCGCCUGUUAUUAACAAAGACAUAACAUCAUUACAGUCUCAUACCAAAAAUAGCUUCCACACAUCUGAUGCUGAUAAAUUCAAGAAUUCAUCUGAAACUAUUGUGAUGCGCCCAACAAAUGCGGUACUUCACGAGGCUAAGAUGAUGGCAUGUGGUAGCAAAAAUCCCAACCCUGCUCAAGUUGAGAAGGCAAUGUUAAUACUGAAUGAGCAUGAGAAAGAUAUCCUCCGGGCACUUAAUAAACUCACCAAGAUGACCGAUCAGGAUGAUUCUUCAAAAUUGCCACCCUUUGCGCAUCAGGAGCUUCAGGGAAAUAGACACAGAAUGUUGAAGAACGGCGAGUUCCAUGGACAACCCAGGAGGUUGCAUGGCUAUUAUGGACAUAAUCAAGGUUAUUAGCAGACCUAUUCUGACACAGUGGAUUUUGAAGUACAGGUUGGCGAGGAGACUUCUCGACUGGAUCAGGUUUUUGAAUGACAAAUCCAGCAAUGUAAAAAUUCAGUAGUUACUCUGCUAACAUGGAAAACAUCUACGCAUACAAAUGGUAGGAUAUUGCUCUUUUUUAGUAUUAGGCAUUUUGUUCCUCCAAGUGAUGCUCUUUUUAUAAUAUUAGGCAUUUUGGGGGUUUUGACUGAAGUGUUCGAUCGAUCAACUAAUCACUUUGAAAAUCUUUCAGAAAUUCUUACAGGCAUGAAAUGUUUCACUUGUUAGUAAUUGUCUAAUUGAUGAUAGUCUGGUACAAUUUUGUUUUGCAACAGUGAGCUGCAUUUCAAUAUGGAAUUUCUUUUAUUACAGUUG